ACAGAAUGAUGUAAACAUAAAAGUUCAGGCAAGUCUAGGAGCAAGUUGUAUGAAUUUGUUCAAAGAUAUUUUGUUAAAAACAACUUAGAAAGCAGCACAAUGUCCUUGCUUGUACUGCGCCCUCUGCUGGUGCGGAACCAACGAUUCUCGCAGCUCUCGAUGCUGCGCGGCCUGUCGUCACUUCCGCAGCAGGUCCGCACCUAUGCUACGGCUCAGCGGAAGAGCGCUUCCACAACGUCCCUAUCUGCCAGCACCGAUCGUACGGACGUCUCGACGGAUGUCCGUCCGAUGGGAGAGCGCGUCAAGGAAAACACCAAAACUGCCAGCUAUUUGGGAAUUAUUUUGGUCGGGGUUGGCGUUACGGCCACCUUGUUCUAUUACACCUUCCGGGAGUUGUUCUCUUCGAACAGUCCGAACAAUAUCUACACGGAGGCGCUCGAUCGGGUCAAAAACGAGAACCCGGUCAAGGAUGCGCUGGGAGCGCCGAUCAAGGGAUUUGGCGAGGAAAGCCGGCGUGGCAGAAGGACACACGUAGCUCACACGAGCUACAUCAGGGACGGAGUACAGUACAUUAGGAUGCAGUUCUACGUGCAAGGGAUUCGUAACAAAGCGACGGUGCAUUUGGAGAAGAAGAUGAACGAGUCCGGCGACUACGAGUAUCGAUAUCUGUUCGUACAGCUGGACUACUACCCGCACACCACGGUCAUCAUCGAAGACAACCGACUUCAGCAGGACAUCCCCAAGCCUGGUAGCGCUCUAGAACCAAUUUUAUAACUUUGCAAAAUUUCUACCAAGCUUCAUGUUAUGUUUGUAAAUAAAAUGUGUUCAAAGUC